AUUCGAUGCUCCUGGUUGAUAUUAUAUACACCAUCAUAGCUGAACCAGGCAAACUCAGUCCACGAGUCGAGUUUAUGAAAGACGGCAAUAAGACGCAGGAAGUAAAGAAUACAUUUACACUCUAUAAACAAAGAACGACGGGCCUAUCAGCAGACGAUCCUGACGCUACAUUUGCUUGUAUUUCUCAUACAGCUUAUUUAAAGACUCCUAUAAUUGACGUAUGGUCGGCCAUUGAAUUUGGCAUCAACUUUGCACUACCAGAGAAAGACCCCCCAGUGGCAUCAUCUCCAGAUACGCUCCCGGAUAUCAAUGAAUUCCCAAUACUUGAUGCAGGAAUAAAUUCUGUCGAAAAUCAAAUGGUUAUGACCCAGGUGGAGUUUCUCAAAAAAUGUGGCGAUGACCAAAUUUGCAACAGUAAUUUACAAAUGAAAGUAUCACCAAAACUGAGAAAGGAUGAAGAUGGCAAACUAGUUUUAGAGAUUGGGAGAUCCGAUAUUGUUCGUGUAGAAGUGGAUAUAGAAAACAUGGGGGAGAUUGCGUACCAGACCGAGUUUUACCUGUCUAGACCAAAGAGUCUUACCUGGCAGCAGUCCGACCCCAAAGACAUAGGCUGUGAUGUUUACAAUGACACUUUAAUCAAGUGUCAGAGUAUUGGAAGCAAAGACAAUGGGAAUCCAUUAAAGGCAGGGGCAGUAACUGUGUUUGCAUUACUUUUCCAAGUUGACAGGAAAGCUAUAGCAACUGUAAGGUCCAUUCAGCUGACCGCAUGGGUCAAUACAACGAGUGUUGAAGUAACACCAGCUGCUGACAAAGUUGUAAUACCUAUAGUAGUUUAUGUAAAUGCUGAUUUACAAGUGUUUGGAAUUGCAGAACCUGACAGUGCCAUCUUGUACUCGGGUGAUGUUCGGGGAGAAAGUGCUAUCAAAAACGAGUUUAUGAUUGGAAAAUCUGUGAACCAUACUUAUACA